AUGUCGCCGACAGCAACCACCAGCGGCAGCGAUGCCAAAAGUAGCUUUACCGUCGACCCAUUCGCCAAUGUCCGCUCGUUCAAAUACUCAGGUUCCGUCAAGGCGGUUUACCCUUUGAGUUCCACACCCAAGAUUCCGCCAUCGAUUCGAAGGCCUAACUACGCCAGGGAAGGGGUGAGGAUGUGGUUCAACUUUUGGUGGCAGUUUUUGCAAUCCAGGAAUAUCAAGGUCAACAAUGCUAACGAUCAGGAGGGAGUGAGGAAGGCCGCUACGCUCGCUCGAGAGGUACUUGAGAUUUGCGCUUCGCACGCAAAGCCCGGUGUCACGACAGAUGAACUCGACAAGAUCGUCUUUGCAGAAGCUAUCAAGCGCGAUUGCUACCCCAGUCCACUCGGCUACCAUGGAUACCCUAAGAGUGUUUGCACCUCCGUCAACGAAGUGAUCUGCCACGGCAUCCCUGAUCAACGUCCACUCGACGACGGCGAUAUCCUCAACAUCGACGUCACCCUCUUCCACAAAGGCUACCACGGCGAUCUCAACGCCACCUUCCCUAUUGGUCCCAAAGCCGAAUCUGACUCCGACUCCAUGAAACUCAUCCGUGUCGCACGCGAAUGUCUCGAUGCAGCCAUCGCCAUAUGCGGACCCGGCGUUCCCUACGGCGAGAUCGGUCGUGUCAUUCAACCUCUCGCGGAGUCACAAGGUUGUGCUGUUGUCAAGAACUACACCGGCCACGGAAUCUCAAACUGCUUCCACGCCGCACCCACAGUCUAUCACCAUGCUACAAAGAAGAGUUACGGUGUUAUGAAGCCCGGACACAUUUUUACAAUCGAACCGAUGCUCAACUUGGGUACGGAGUGGAGGGAUUUGAGUUGGCCUGAUGAUUGGACUGUUGCGACUGUGGACGGUGCAAGGUCGGCGGCUGCGGAGGAGACAUUGUUGAUUACAGACACAGGGGUGGAGAUCUUAACUGCAAAGGGCGGACCCACACAUAUUGAUACGACAGAGAGGAGGAAGCAAUUGGAAGAGGAGAUCAAGGUGAGGGAGGAGAGGAAGAAAAGGAGAAAGUUGGAUAAUGGGAGUGGUGCCAAUACGCCGCUGUCGGGUGCGGCGACUCUUACGCCUGCUCCUGAGGAGGCUAAUGCUACUACUAAGAGUGAUGCUGGACCUGCUGUUGCUGAGAAGUAA